AUUGUGGGGGUUUUAGGGCUAGAGCUCGCCAAGGAAGCAAUGAAAGAAAGGUCGAGGAAGCUGAAGUGGCUGGCUAUUUCAGUGCAGAUAACAUCAAUUUUCACCACCCAGCUCGUUCUGCUGCACACAGCGUGGAGUGUGUGGGGCCUAGUAGCGUGUCUCACCAACCCAGAUCCUGGACCACACUUCGCAGCGCAGUGCAACGUUAACAACGGGGGUAUCACCGUCCAAGCCGCAUAUGGCGUUAUCGUCGGAAUUGGAAUGGUGGUCGCCUGUGUAGUGACAUCCAUCUGUUCCUCAGCUGUAGUGAAGGCCAUAAAAUCUACAGAACGGGAGGAAGGAACGGAAGUGAUCGUAUAAUGAGGGGUCAUCUCAAACGUAUUUAUGAAGUGUAACGGCAAGAGGCUACACAGUUUCUCUCAUAAAUGACACUAGAGAGAAAUCAUUUGGUUUUCAGUGUGUGUGUGUGAGUGCAUGCGUGUGUGCGUGUGCGUGUCAUGUUCAUGUCCGUCUUCGCAUUCUAAAUGCGUACAUCGAUGCUCCCGGCGACAAUCACCGGAUUGUCUGGUCCGACCCACUAUAACGCUGACUACGACUAGCAUAGGUUUCCGUGUACCAAUCCAAACCCGGAAUCC